CUUACUACAAUAUUAAUUCGACAAAUUUUAAUCGACAUACUUAUGAUACUCUAAUUAACUGUUCCAACUCUAGUAUAUUUUCUUCCCUCGAUAUUUCUCAAAAAGCAUCUGAACUUUCAAAAGAUGGAGAAAUACGAUCGUUAAUUAAUCAAGAAAUCAAGAAAUUAACGAAAGAAAAGAGAUUUGUUGUAGUUGGACGAGAUGUAACAACCAAUAAAAUUUUAUUAUCAGCUGAUUUUGAGACGCGUCUUGGUCGACAUGUGAUGCAAUUAGUUGAUGAAAAUCCUCAAAAUAUUUUAUAUGAUGUCAUCACACUCAAACGAACAUUCGAUCAAGUCGAAGAACUCUUCACCAUGAUAAUAAUGAUUAAAAAAGAUUACAAUUAUUAUCUCGAUUUAUCAAAUUGGCAACUCAACACCGAAGUUGAUGAAGAUGCAUAUGUUGAGGCGUUUCCUCUUCUUUCGGAUCGUAUUAAAUUUAUACAAGAUUUAAAGAAUUAUUAUGAAGCAAGAAAAACUGUUUUUUCUCGUAUCGAAAGAAUUCUUCCUAAAGAAAAAGAUCAUGAAUCGUUCGAUGAAAUCCAAGAAUGGCGAACUACCACACUGCAAGGACCUAAAUCUGGUGCAAAAAUCGCUCUUGAUAAGUUAGAGCAUUAUGAGAAAAAAUUAAACGGUG